UGAAACAUAAUUAGGGUUUCCGCUUCCUUCACCAUUCACAGGUUCGUCUCUCUCGAAACAUCGUCACUUCUCUUUUCGUCUUCUUCGUUCGUUGAACAGAGAUUCUUGAACUGAGAAGUAACUCAAGAUGAGUAAGCUUCAGAGUGAGGCUGUUAGGGAAGCCAUUACUACUAUCAAGGGAAAAUCUGAUGAGAAGAAGCGUAACUUUGUGGAGACAGUGGAGCUUCAGAUUGGUUUGAAGAACUACGACCCACAAAAGGACAAGCGUUUCAGUGGAUCUGUUAAGCUCCCUCACAUUCCUCGUCCCAAAAUGAAGAUCUGCAUGCUUGGAGAUGCUCAGCAUGUUGAAGAGGCUGAGAAAAUGGGACUUGACUACAUGGAUGUUGAGGCUUUGAAGAAGCUCAACAAGAACAAGAAGCUUGUUAAGAAGCUUGCCAAGAAGUACCAUGCUUUCUUGGCUUCUGAGUCUGUCAUUAAGCAGAUUCCUCGUCUUCUUGGUCCUGGUCUGAACAAGGCAGGUAAGUUCCCAACUCUUGUGAGUCACCAAGAGUCUUUGGAAGGUAAGGUGAACGAGACCAAAGCGACAGUGAAGUUCCAGUUGAAGAAAGUUCUAUGUAUGGGUGUUGCUGUUGGUAACCUUUCCAUGGAAGAGAAGCAGCUUUUCCAGAAUGUGCAAAUGAGCGUCAACUUCCUUGUCUCGCUCUUGAAAAAGAACUGGCAAAACGUAAGGUGUUUGUACUUGAAGAGCACCAUGGGACCACCACAAAGAAUCUUUUGAGCUCUCUCUCUUCUCUACUCCUUCCAUCUCAGAAUUUUUGCAUUGUGUUUUUGUUUCAGAGAUCUGUGCCUUCUUUGGAUAUGGUUUGGAUUGAUAUUAGCAGUUGUUUUUUGGUUGACAAUAUAUUAUGCAAUAUUCUGUUCAACUAUCAUUUUUCCCCUUAAAA